AUGGGGAGAGGCAUCAGCAGGAUGGCAAGGAAAGAGUUGUUGGGCACCAUCCGGGACCGUUACCAGCACUCCACCAGGAAGGAUAAGGGCCGGAUCCUGGACGAAUUCACCGCGGUGACCGGUCUCCACCGCAAGCACGCCAUCCGGUUAUUGACCCAAAGCAAUGACCAAAGGGAACACCAGCCUUCACUUUCGGGGAGACGCAUCUACGAUGAGGCCGUGCGCGAGGCGGUGAUAGUGGUGUGGGAGGCUUCGGACCGCAUUUGCGGCAAGCGCCUGCAUGCGGCGCUGCCCCACUUGGUGGAGUCCAUGGAGCGCCACGGUCACCUGCAGCUGGACUCCCUGGUCAGGGAAAGGCUGCUCACCGCCAGCGCAUCCACCCUGGACCGGCUGCUGAAGCCGAUCCGGUCCACGGCUGGCAGCCGUCGUCGUAGGGGCCGUCGGAAAUCCAUGGGACACCGGGUUCCGGUACGGACCUACAACGACUGGAACAAGCCCCCACCGGGCUACCUGGAGAUCGACCUGGUGGCCCACUGCGGCGGUCCAUUGUCGGGUUCCUUCAUCCACAGCCUGGUGGUGACCGACGUCUGCACCGGCUGGACCGAGGCCGUCCCCCUGCUGGCCAGAGACCAGGCCCUGGUCCUUGCUGGCCUGGAAGCCAUCCAGCGCCAGCUGCCCUUUCCCAUCCGUGGCAUUGACUCCGACAACGACGGCGCCUUCAUCAACGAGACCCUGUUGGAGUGGACCUCCCUGCAGGGGAUCGAAUUCACCCGUUCCCGGGCUUACCGCAGCAAUGACCAGGCCUAUAUCGAGCAAAAGAAUGGGGCCGUAGUGCGCCGGUUCGUGGGACACCACCGCUACUCGGGCCCCCUGGCCGGCCAGAUGCUGGUCCAGCUUUACCAGAAAUUGCGGCUCUACGUGAAUUACUUCCAGCCCUCCUUCAAGCUGCUGGAAAAGAGCAGGGAGGGCUCAGCCACGGUCAAGCGGUACAGCCCGCCAGCCACUCCCUGUGACCGG